AUGGACGCUUUUCAUGCGAGGAAGCGGUUACAUGGUAACCCUGUUGAUCUUGACGAAACGGGUCUCCCUCUUGCCGCACCUGCUGCUGUUGCGACUGCUGUUGCCAUUGAACGGUGCGUUGCUGCUGGUGUCUUCUCUCGGAGCAGCGGUAGCAGCAGCCUCGCUUCCGACGAGAGAAGGCGGGGCAGUAUCGCCAAGCACAAUGCGGAAUGGAAUGCAGCAGCAGCCCUUCCUGCUAUGGCCGCUCCCACCCCUGCAACACACCACCCAUUGGACCGGCUUGCUGAUGCUCUCGUGAAGCCUCUUCCACCACAUCCCUUUGAAAUGGCGCGUGGGGUGGGGCUUGACGGGUGCAUGGACGCUUUUUCCCCGGCCGCUGCUGCUAUGGAUGGUGGUGUUGGUGGUGGUGGUGGUGGUGGUGCUGCUGCUGCUGCUGCUGCUGCUGCUGCUGCUGCUGCUGCUGCUGCUGCUGCUGCUGCUGCUGCUGCUGCUGCUGCUGCUGGCCGUGCUGCUGCUGGUGCUGUUGCUGCUGCUGCUGCUGCUGCUGCUGCUGCUCCAGCUGCUCCUGCCAUGCCAGUCUCGUCCCUUGCGCACCAGCGGAGGCAGGCAGCUAUUAGCUGCCUGUUGAGGCGACUCCAAGGACAAGCACCUGGCAGCACCGCACUGCAUCGCUCAGUGUCACCAGAGCUGCGUUUUGAACCGUCUCAAAGUCAGUCACCAUUGCUGCAUUCUCCGAAACCAAUUCCGCUAGUGCAGCCAGCAGUGCAACCAGAUUUCUCCCAAGCACAUGCGCACGAAUCCUUCUCUCCAAACACCUCGGUACCGCAGCCGCAUGCACAGCACCCCUUCACACCGCACUCGCCACAAGUGCAGGCAGCAGCAGUGCGUGGCUCUACGUCAGUCCGGGAGUCAACCUUAGGAGGAAUCAUGGGCUUUAAGUCGCCCUCUGCAACCCCAGGAGGAAGCAUGGGCUUUAAGUCUCCCUCUGCAACCCCAGGAGGAAGCAUGGGCUUUAAGUCUCCCUCUGCAACCCCGUCCCCGUUGUCCCAGUCCCCGAGGGGAGGGGUGGGACGCGCAGGGACAGGGGCGAGGCAAAUCACUGCAAAGAGUGCCACAGAGAAGCAGCGGCGGUCCAGAAUAACUGAGAGAUUGGAGGCCCUCAAGGCAGCGAUUCCAGCGGAGGUGCUGCUGAGGCAGCAGGGCCGGGCGGGGUUCAGCAAUCGCACACAGAUGGCCACUCUUUUAGAUGCUGCCGUGGGGUUCAUUGAGGGCAUGCGCGAGUACAAGCUGGAGCUGGAGCGACAACUGCGGGCGUCGUAA